AUGCCGCCGGCGGGGCCUGCUUUCCCACUCUACAGCGACGACGUCCUCGGGGAGAUAUUCCUCCGCCUCGGCCCUCUGAAACCCUCGCUCCUGCGCGCGUCUCGCGUGUGCAAGCAAUGGCGAAGCCUCGCCUCCGACCCUGGUUUCCGCCGCCGGUUCGGCGCGCGCCACCGGCAACCCUCGCUCCUCGGCGUCUUCACGCAGCAGCACGGAGAAGCCCUCUUCCGCUCGGUUCCCCUCGACCCUCCUGUUAUUCCUUCGGAGCGCUUCUCCCUGCGAGGCUACGGCUCCUGGGAUCUGCUUGGGUGCCGCCAUGGGCGCGUCCUCAUCAUCAACCACACUGAGGGGAAGGCCAUUGUGCAUCACCCCAUUACUGGCGACCAGCACCGCAUAGAAGUUCCUUGGGAGUUCCGUCAGAAUGGAGUGGUUGCUAAUAUCAAUGGCGCGGUGCUUUGCACGGGCAUGGCGGAGAACAAGGGCCACAUACAUGGUGCGUGCCGCUCAAGCCCCUUUAAAAUCGUUUUGGUGCGCGCCUAUACGGCCUACUCGGCCAAGAGGGAUCUUACUUAUCAUAUGGCCCACGCAUGUGUGUACUCGUCAAAGACUCGAACCUGGGGCAAAGAUGUCUCGGCACUGCUACCAUGUGACAGUUACAUUCCUGGUCACCAUAGCGUCUUUGCUGGUAAUGCCCUUUACUGGUAUCUUCCUGGCUAUAUACUAAAGUUUGAUAUGGGCAUGGAGAGCCUACGUGUGAUUCGGAAACUUCCUGUUGCGAAAGAUUGCUACGAUACAAGCCAUAUUAUCCGCUCAAAAGGUGGCGGUGUUGGCAUUGCUUUUUUGUCAUACCCUACCUUUCAAGUGUGGGACAUGAAGAAUUUCAAGAAAAAAAACAAUUGUCAUGGUGGAACUAGAUGGGCGCUGCGGAAGCCUAUUAGUCUUGAGCUAGGAUGUGGGAGUGGUAUAAGGAUGAAGCAAGCUAUAGUGGGGUAUGACGAGGACGGGCAUCAAAUCUUCUUUCGAGUGGGGAGCAAUAUCUUCAUUGUCGAACUUGUAUCAAUGAAGUCCAGUAAACUAUGGAGAAGCUAUUCUACACACAAAUAUCAUCCUUACACGUGUUACUAUACUGCAGCCCUCGAAACUUCUGCUGAUAAUGCAAGUAUGACAUACGGUGGAGACCAAGAAAAUACUGCUCAAGGAGGAAGCGUGCAAAUUUAA